AUGCUUCGUUCUCUUAGAGUUAUAACAACAACCUUGACUUCGAAACAACAGUUUCGUUAUUACACAGCUUCAAGUAUACCUGGCGAUGUUCCACAGAAUAAUGCCACAGAACAAAAUCUUACGCAUGAAGAAAUCGAUUCUCCAAAAGAGGAUUUAACUCCCGAGAAGUCACCUUCGGAAAACACUCAAGAAAAUUCCAGCCCUGAACCAACAACACCGAAAAUGUCCUUUGCAGAAAGGGCAAAGGCAGGAUUCCCGAAACAGCCUUCGGAAACGACAAAGGUGGGAUUGGGAUUUUCAAAGCGUGCUCAGCCCUCGGAGCUUGCAAAGAAUUGGGCGAAACCGCCAGAAAAAUUGCAAAUGUUUGUUCCACCAGUGGAUUUAGGGCCUAUUGGUAUCGCCAGUAAGUUUGUUGAAAUAAGAAACCUUCCCCUUACGGCUAUUCCUCGUGAUAUACAAAUGAUGUCAGCUGAUAUUCCUAUUGCUGAAAUUGCACCUAUUCGAAAUGGCUACCUUCAGCUUACUGGUUCGUAUGAAUUGAAAUUUCAAAGUGAAAAAGAUGCUCUCAAGUUCGUCGAGUCAAAUUUGCAAAAAUAUUUGGGAGGAAAUAAGUUGGAAUUUAAAUUUCUUGCACAUUCCGGCAAUAGCAUUAUUGUUUGUGGUUUGCCAAGAAACAUUUCUCCCGAUCAAAUUCGAGAAUUGAUCACCGAUUCACCCGGAAACCAGUCGUCGGUCUGGAGAAACAUCUUUGAACUACCCAUUGCUGGCUCUUCGACCAUCCAUUCCAAAUAUCUGAUUGUUUUGAAAGGUAAAAACGAAUCAUACCGGUUGGUAAGGAAAUUACAUAAUAGUUACUACGCAAAAGAUAUUAAUGGUAAAAAGUUCCAUCUGAAAGUUAAGGUGGCCUAUUGA